UAUAAACCUUGUAAACCCUAGCUCGCUCGCUCGCUCUCUCUCUCUCUCUCAGUUGCUGUCUUUCUCUCUCUCUCUCUCAGUUGCGCGCGCGCUUACGCUCUGUAAUUGUGCAGGGCAAGCCUCAACUGCAAAUAUCGAUUGGCACAAAUGGGUAGCAAGAAAAGAGAGUCCACUGCAGCAGACAAAGUAGAAAACCAGUUUGAUAACGACGCAGGGUUGGAGCCAUUGAAAAAGAAAAUGAAAAGGGAAAAGAAGAAAGAAGUUGCAGAUGGGCUUCAUGCCCCAUCAACUACACAAUCUAUUACACCAAUGGAGAGAAAGAAGAAAAGAAAAACACUGGACAAAGAGAGGCACCGUGCUGCUUCUGAUGAUGUGGAAGCAAAGCCGAAAACUUUAAAUUUGAAGUCCAAUGAGGCUGAAGCACCUAUGUCGACUUCAGUGAGUAGUAGUUUACCUGAGUUUCAUAUUAGUGUUUUCAAGGACCUUGCAUCAGCCGAUACUUGUGUAAGAGUAGCAGCAGUGGAAUCAUUGGUAACAGAGUUGCGAGAAGUUCAGACAGCUUAUAAUAAGCUUGAGAAAAAGGAGCUUGUCAAGGGUGGAUUGCAAUUGGAAGCAGAAAAGGAUGAUGGCUUGAACAAUUGUGCUCCUUCUUUGAGAUAUGCUGUUAGGAGACUUAUACGUGGUGUUUCUUCAUCGAGAGAGUGUGCAAGACAAGGCUUUGCCCUAGGUUUAACUACUUUAAUUGGUGCAAUUCCUAGCAUCAAAGUUGAUGCAUUGUUGAAACUGAUAGUUGAACUGUUGGAGGUUUCUUCUUCAAUGAAGGGUCAGGAAGUGAGGGACUGUCUAUUGGGUUGCUUGUUUGCUUAUGGAGCCAUUGCGCGUUCAGGAAGGCUAACUGAAGAGUGGGUGUCUGAUAAAAACUCUCCUUCCGUCAAAGAAUUUACCAGUUCUCUUAUUUCCCUUGCAGCAAAGAAGCGAUACUUGCAAGAGCCUGCCAUGUCAGUUAUCCUGGACUUGGUGGAAAAGUUGCCAGUGGAAGCAUUGCUUAACCAUUUACUUGAAGCUCCUGGACUUUAUGAGUGGUUUGAACAAGCCAAUGAAGUUGGAAAUCCUGAUGCAUUGCUUCUAGUUCUUAAAGUACGAGAGAGAGUUUCUGUAGAUGGUAAAGUUUUUGGCAAACUUCUGCCUGAUCCGUAUAGCUCUACUGGGUUUUUUUCAGCUGAUCAUUUAGCCUCCCUAGCCAAUUGCUUUAAGGAAUCUACCUUCUGUCAGCCCCGAGUUCAUAGCAUCUGGCCUGCAAUGAUAAAUAUCCUUUUACCUGAUUCGUUUUUGCAAGAUAUAGGUUCAAUAUCAGGCUUAAAUUCUGUUAAGAAGCACAAAAAAAAUCGAAAGUGUAGCUCCGAAGAAGAGAUUGAGAAAAACCUUAGAUGUUUUUGUGAAGUUAUUAUUGAAGGAUGCCUCCUCUUGUCCUCUCAUGACCGUAAACAUUUGGCCUUUGAUAUUCUGCUUCUUCUCCAACCAAGGCUUCCUGCUGCAUAUAUUCCAGUUGUGCUGUCAUACAAACUUGUUCAGUGUCUGAUGGAUAUUCUUUCCACUAAGGAUUCUUGGCUGUACAAAGUUGCACAGUAUUUUCUAAAAGAACUGUCUGACUCACUGAAGAAUGAUGAUGUCAGAAGAGUGGCUGUUAUUGUGGCCCUGCAGAAGCACAGCAAUGGGAAGUUUGAUUCUGUAACACGGAUGAAAACUGUGAAAGACUUGAUGGCAGAAUUCAAAACUGAAUCUGGCUGCUUGCUGUUUAUUCAAAAUUUAAUGAACAUGUUUCUGGAUGAAGGCACUGCUUCAGAUGAACCUUCUGACCAGAGUCAAACAACAGAUGAUAAUUCAGAGAUAGGCUCAAUGGAGGAUAAAGAUUCUGUUGGAACAAUGGUGACUUCUGAUUUUCUGAAGAGCUGGGUUGUAGAUUCCCUCCCCAGCAUUUUGAAGCAUUUGCAGCUUGAUCCUGAAGCAAAGUUUCGGCUGCAAAAGGAAAUUUUGAAGUUUUUAGCUGUUCAGGGCAUAUUUUCUUCUUCUCUUGGCACUGAAGUGACAUCUUUUGAAUUACAAGAGAAGUUUAGAUGGCCAAAAUCUGCCACCUCAGGUGCUCUUUGCAGGAUGUGCAUUGAGCAAGUUCAGUCAUUGCUGGCAAAUGCUCAAAAGGGAGAGGGGUCCCAUAUGGGGACAAGUGUCCUUGAUACUAAUGAUCUUGGGUCUUAUUUUAUGCGUUUCCUUGGUACUUUGUGCAACAUUCCCUCAGUUUCACUCUUUAGGACAUUGAGCAGUGAGGAUGAAAAAGCAUUCAAAAAGCUGCAAGCAAUGGAAACUAGGCUAUCCAGGGAGGAAAGGAACUGUGGACUCAGUUCAGAUGCAAAUAAGUUGCAUGCUCUGAGGUACUUGCUUAUCCAAUUGGUGCUGCAGAUUCUCCUUCGACCAGGGGAAUUCUUUGAAGCUGCCUCGGAACUUAUUAUUUGCUGUAAGAAAGCUUUUUCCACUCCCGAUCUUCUUGACUCUUCUGGAGAAGAUGAAACAGAUGAUGAUGGGACGCCUGAGUUAAUGGAUGUCCUUGUGGAUACACUUCUUUCUUUACUGCCGCAGGCAUCUGCUCCUAUGCGUUUGGCUAUUGAACAGGUUUUUAAAUAUUUCUGCAAGGAUAUUAGGGAUGAUGGCCUACUACGGAUGUUGCGGGUUAUUAAGAAAGAUCUUAAACCAGCAAGGCAUCAUGAUACUGACAGUGAAGACAAUGACAAUGAUGAUGAUGAAGAUAUUCUAGGUAUUGAAGAAGCUGAGGACUCGGAUGAGGCUGAGACAGGUGAAACCGCUGAGAGUGAUGAGCAGACAGAUGACUCAGAGGCAGUAGUUGGAGCUGAGGCAGUUGAAAAAGAACUUCCCGAAGCUUCUGAUGAUUCUGAUGGGGGAAUGGACGAUGAUGCAAUGUUCCGCAUGGAUACUUAUCUUGUGAAGAUUUUUAAGGAGCGCAAGAACCAGGCUGGGGGUGAAACUGCUCAGUCGCAGCUUGUACUCUUUAAACUCCGAGUUCUCUCACUAUUGGAGAUUUUCUUGCAUGAAAAUUCAGGGAAGGUGCAGGUUUUGAAGGUGUACUCUAACCUUGCCCAGGCUUUUGUGAACCCUAAUACUACAGAGGGUAGUGAGCAGCUUGGUCAGCGAAUUUGGGGGAUUCUGCAAAAGAAAAUUUUUAAAGCAAAGGACUACCCAAGGGGAGAAGCUGUGCAACUACCUAUGCUUGAAUCUCUGUUGGAAAAGAACCUGAAGUUGGCAUCAAAACCAUUUAAGAGAAAGAAAUCUGUUAUCAGUCAAUCAAAGAAGAAGCAGUCAGCUUCGUGGAACAGACACAAGAUGAUAACAUCCCUUGCUCAAAAUUCAGUACUUUGGAUUUUAAAGAUCAUUGAUGCAAGAAAGUUUCCUGAAUCUGAAAUGCAGCAGGUUUUUGAUAUUUUCCGGAAUGCUUUGGCGGCAUAUUUUGAUAGCAAAAAGUCUCAAAUGAAGCCUGAGUUCUUGAAAGAAAUAUUUAGGAGGAGACCAUGGAUUGGUCAUCAUCUCUUUGAAUUCCUUUUAGAGAAAUGCCGUUGCUCAAAAGCAGAGUUUCGGCGAGUGGAAGCGCUUGACUUGGUGAUUGAAAUACUCAAGUCACUGGUCUCUAUUAGCGCUGAUGAAAGUGCACGGACUGCAUCAAUUAAAACUUUGAGCAGGCAUCUUCCGAAACUGUGUCAUCUGAUUGGGGAGUUGGUAUCACAUAUGCCAGAAAAGCAUUCUAGACGGGCUGAAGUGCGUAAAUUCUGCAGCAAGGUCUUCCAGAUUAUAAGAAGCCUUAACCUGUCUGAAUCAUUUCUUAAAGCUUUGGACUCCAAUGCCCAUGCUGCUUGUGAAUCUCAACUUGGGGAGUUGUUUCUUACCUUGAAGAAGGCUGAACGGUAGGAAAUGAGAUUAUGUUUACUGGUAAACGAAGGGAUAUAUUCAUUUGGAUUAUUGGAAAUAAACUUCAAUUACCAAGGAUUGACUUACAGUGUGAAACAUAAUUGUUAUCAACAGUAGAUUCAGUGGGUUUCUGCCCCUAAGUUUGCUCAGAUCGUGUCUGCCUUAGGAAGAUCUCAUUUUCCUUUGUAAGAAUCUCCUAUUCUCAACAUUUUAUUGUUAACAUUAUCCUUAGUUU